GUGAGAUAAAUUUUGAUAAAAAAAAACUCAUAAAAAAUUAAUGGAGUAGAUCAAUUUGAAAAAUUUAAAAUUUUAAUCGAAUUUGUGUACGUAUUACGUAAUAAUUAUCAUCGUAUCCAAUGAAAAAACAACAAUGUCUGUUGCACAAAGAACCAGUUGGCUUGCAAUUUUUUCAGCUAUCGAAUGAACCAACACAACCGACGAAUUCGUCGUUCUCACCUCCUCAGUGUUAUGGAAGAAAGUGACUGUUUUUUGCUCGACUCAGCAUUUAUAUGAAAUUCCUGUUUGGUUUCCAGUGAUAUACAUAGCAAUAGCAUACGUCAAAGAAAACAUCCCGGUAUUAUGGAGGCAAAGUUUGUAUUUCCGACCAAGAAAUCGCCGAAAGUAUUCACCCUGAUCGUGGUGGUAAAUCGCGACGGAGAAGUGUUACUGGGUAUGAAAAAAAGAGGAUUUGGUAUCGGUAAAUGGAAUGGAUUUGGUGGUAAAGUCGAACAAGGAGAAUCCAUCAAAAACUGCGCUAUCAGAGAAUUGCAAGAGGAAUGUGGUUUAGUCGCUCGGUCUCUACAUAAACACGGAAUAGUUUGGUUCGAUACGGAAGAGGAACCAUCUACCAUCUCCGAAGUGCACUUAUUUACCGUGGACGAAUACGAAGGAGAAAUUUCAGAAUCUGAUGAAAUGUCUCCUAAAUGGUUCGCGAAAAAUUCUUUGCCAUUCGAUUGUAUGUGGCCCAGUAAUUCACAUUGGCUGCCUCUAGUUUUAGAUGGUAAGAAAUUCGACGCUUAUUUCCUGUACAAGAAUGAGAGGGAAAUGAUCAAGUAUGAAGUUUACGAGCAUAAGUAACCAAAAAGUUAUUACUGUCUAGUGUCUACUACGUUUCCUAUUUUAAUCGUGAUUUAACUCGUUUUUUAUACGUCAUUAUGUUUUAUAAGGUUAUUAUGAAUAGGUACCCACGUUGAUCUUUUUUGUUCAAACUGUAUUAUUUUGUUUUCUUGUGUAAUCGUAAGUCAGUAUGAUUUUGUUAGUAUUCGUUUUGUUAAUCAUUUUUUAAAAAGCGUGAAUAAAACUAUACCGUAAUCGUA